GAAGCUAUCAGAAUUAAUAAGAAAUGGAGACGAACACUGGGAGCAUAAUUCGGAUUCCUCAUAAAAUCUCCUUGCUCAGUGUCCUCAUUCCUUACUAUGGCUAUGUUCAUGAAUGAGCUGAGUUGUUCCUCCAGCUUGAUAAGACUUCAAGAGAAGUCUGGAUUAAAAACCUCGAGCCAAUUUUGAGGGUGAUUAUGAAUUAUGAGGAAUGAACCUUAGUCAAGGAUCUUCAUCAGACCUUGACAAUGAGCCAUGUAAAUAAACUAUUGACUUCCAAGUAUUAUUUUAGUUUAAAGCUAAACCUUGGAACUAUCCCAUCCUUUAAGGCAGCCAUAGCUUUGAUAGACCAAAUGGAUAUAUGACUAAAGGAUCAGUUCGAGCUGGUUACUAUUAAAGUCACUCCUCGCUCACUGAAACUAUGCAACAAAUUCUUAGAAAUUUACAUGAAAAAGGGGUUUGAUAAAAAGUCUAUUGUCUUCGACUAUGAGUCAUGUCAUAGUCUCCUCCAACACUAUUGCAUUGAUCAUGCUAAAUACAUUGAUGAGCCAAUGUUGGGACUGAAUUUAGCACACACAGUCGACUCUCUAAAAGAGAUCAAUCUGUGAGUUGACUCUAACGAACCCGAAGAUAAAUAUCCUCCUCUUGUAAAGAAUUUGAGGAAGGUUCUCGAGAACAAUUAUGAGCAAAUUCUUGUUGAUGCUGAAGCUUUACUAGAAAUCGAAAGAAAUUUGCCAAGUUCAAAUUUAAAAUUCACACACAAGUUAUGCAAGAGACUCCAGGUCUACAUCGGGAGGGAAGACCCUGCUCUAAAAGAUCCUGAGCACUUAAAGUACAUAGUCGCAAUAGGCUCUCUACUAAAGUCAACCCCAAAUGUAGAUAUCGUAGAGUUCAACAGAAGCUCGAUGUUCAAGAACCUGGUCUCUCAAGGAUUCAGCAGUCAGGAAGAAGCUGAGCGACCAGUUUCAAGAGGUCAGCCUAGGAUUGGAGAAAUUAGUGCAGGAAGUGGUGAUUGGGGAAGAUUGAGGAAUUUAUGAGAAAUUAAGCAUUUUGAGUUUUUUAAUAAGCCGAAAGAUGAGGAACUAAGGGUUGAUCUGAAGGUUGGUGACGCAGAAAUAAUCUAUUGUGACCCGGAUACAGGCCAAAUGCAUGUAUAUUUUGUCAAGGAUUUUAAGUUAAAAAUAUCAUCUGAUAAAUUCUGAUGGCUAGAAGAGUCUAAAAUUUUAGGAAGACAAAGAAAGAGAAGCAAAGAUCCUUUGAAGAAAAACUCUGCUGUUUACUUAAAAAUAGAUCUUCGAGAAGAUCCAGAUUUUAUUGCCUUCAGAGAUGUACAAAUCUGAAUAGAUAUAGACAAGAAGUCUCUAUACAAAGAUAAGCUAUCAGUCUUUAAAUAAGUUUGAGAUCAUUCUUGACAUAAACUCUCCAAUUUGUUUCAGAAUCCCCAUAAAAUCACCUCUAAUUCAACCACCAAGCACAGUGAAACUUUUUGAGAACUCUCCUUACACUUCUCACCCUUACUAUCUCAGCCAGAGAGGGUACAAAUCAUUCCCAUUAACUUAUUUCAAAAACUACCUUGCCGAAUCCAGACCUUACUACACUCUCAACAUCUUCAUCGAGCCUCCAGCUGGCUUACCCCAUAAUUCCGCCACAAAGCCCAUCUCUACAUCCUGCCCAGCCACUAGCCCAGCCCGCCCCAUCGACUACUCCCACAGCAUCCAAAUCCUAGACUCUCUUCCUGAGCAAGCUCUGCUAAGUAUCAAUAUCCACACAUAUCUAGUAGCGACUCAGCAGGAAGGGACUGAAGAAAUUCUGGUUGCUGAAUAUAGGAAAGACACUGGGUCAAAAGCCUUCUGUGUCCUACUAGAGAGACUGAAGAAGAAACAUUUGAGAGAACUUAGGUCAGAAGGCCUUGUGUGGGAAGAUGAAGUGGUAGCUAAGUUAUGCAGGCUCUUUGAGACUAAGAUCGAUGCAGCAAGCGGUAUUAGGGAUAUUGAGUUGAAUCUAGUGCAUGUUAAGCAUGUUCAACAGAUUUUGUACUCUUUAAGGAAUAAUUAUGCUGUGAAGACAGUCAGACUGCUUACUCAGGAGCAAAUUAAGGUUCCAAGGAUAGAUUCGCAUUCAAGAGGGAAGAAAGAGGAUAGAAAGUCUGAGAAGAUCUAUGCUGAAAUUUUGCAGUACUGUGAAGAAUUCAGAAAUAAAAGAAUCGGAACUGAGAUAACGCUGAAUACGAACCAUCCGAGGUUCAUGUCCUCUUAUAAGAAGGGAUAUAGCCUAUUAUAUAGAAUAUAA